AGAGUGAGAGUGAGUGAGAGUGAGAUGGUGAGUUUGGGAGAGAUUCUUAAGCAUCCGGACGAACUCUACCCGCUUCUGAAGCUAAAGAUGAUGGCAAGGAAUGUCGAGAAGCAGAUCCCUCGGCAGCCUCACUGGCGAUUCUGCUACUCCAUGCUCCGCAAGUUCUCCAAGACCUUCGCUUUCGUCAUCGAACAGCUCCCCACUGAGCUUCGCGAUGCGGUGUGCAUACUUUAUUUGGUCCUGCGAGCACUGGAUACAGUUGAGGAUGACACGAGCAUACCUACUGAUGUCAAAGUGCCUCUAUUGCAAGCUUUUCAUCAGCACGUGUUUGAUAAGGCGUGGCAUUUUUCAUGUGGUACAAAGGAGGGCAAGGUUUUAACGGACCAAUUUCAUCAUGUUUCGAUGGCUUUCCUGGAGCUGGGGAAAAGGUACCAAGAAGUACUUGAGGAUAUUACCAAAAGAAUGGGAGCAGGAAUGGCAAAAUUUAUUUGCAAAGAGGUGGAAACAGUUGAUGAUUACAAUGAAUAUUGCCACUAUGUGUCAGGACUCGUAGGUUUAGGUCUGUCGAAGCUUUUCCAUGCUUCUGGAGCUGAAGAUCUGGCACCAGAUUCUCUAUCCAAUUCAAUGGCUUUGAUCCUGCAGAAACAAGACAUAAUUAAAGAUUAUUAUGAAGAUAUCAAUGAGACUCCAAAGUCACGCAUGUUUUGGCCACGUCAGAUUUGGAGUAAAUACGUAAACAAACUCGAGGACUUGAAGUAUGAGGAGAACUCAGUGAAGGCAGUACAAUGUUUGAAUGAGAUGGUGACAAAUGCUUUGACACAUGUUGAAGACAGUUUGACAUACGUGUCCACUUUAAAGGAUCCUGCUAUAUUCCGGUUUUGGGCUAUUUUUCAGAUAAUGGCAAUUGGGAAUUUAGCUUUAUGCUACAACAAUAUUGAAGUUUUCAGAGGCGUAGUAAAGAUCAGACCAGGUCUCGCUGCUAAAGUUAGGGAUCGCACAAGAACAAUGGCUGAUGUUUAUGGCGCUUUCUAUGAUUUUUCUUGCAUGCUGAAGUCCAAGGUGGACAAGAAUGAUCCUAAUGCUACAAAAACAUUAAGCAUAAUUGAGGGUAUACAGAAGGCUGGCAGAGAUUCUGGCCUCCUAAACAAAAGGAAAUCUUACAUCCUUGCGACUGAACCCAGAUACAGAUCUGUCCUGGUCACCGUUUUGCUCAUUAUACUGGCUAUAAUCGUCGCUCAACUCUCUGCAAGCAGAUCCAGUAACUAGUGAUGGGCUUUGUGCGAACACCAGCAAGUCAUGGAGAUUGUGUCGAUGUAGAUGCAUCAGUUGUGAAGUUAUGCUUCUAUAUAUGUUUGCAUCCUUCUUUUGGAUAUGUAUGUAACUUGGUCCUUAUGUAUGUUUGAAGCACAUUGGUGGUCCCGAACAUAAGUGACCAACUCCUAUUUUCAAUUUCAAAUAGUUUUUC